GGAACUUUUUUAGUAGGAGUUUAGUUUUUAGUUUUUGGUGUAAGAUAGUCGUGUUAAGUCCAGGUAAAAAAGAGUGUGCGAUCGAGAAAGUUGAGGGGGGUGCAAGAGCAAGUACGGACAGAGAACGAAGGAAGAAAACUGACAAAUAAGGUUUCAGGAGGGAAGAAUAUUCUUGAUUUGUGAAGAACAGCCAUGGAAACUUCAUAUGAGGAUAGUGAAGAUGAACGUCAGGAGAAACGAGGUUGUUUUGAAUGCUGCAUUAAAUGUCUUGGCGGCGUGCCGUACGCGUCACUGCUGGCCACCAUCCUGUGCUUCUCAGGUGUGGCGCUCUUUUGCGGCUGCGGGCAUGUUGCCCUGAUGGGCACGCUCUCCAUCCUGGAGAACCACUUCUCUAAGGUCGCCACGGAUCACGCCAUGCUUACUGACAUAAUCCAGCUUAUGCAGUACGUUAUAUACGGUAUCGCCUCUUUCUUCUUCCUGUACGGGAUAAUUCUGCUCGCAGAGGGAUUUUACACCACCAGUGCUGUGAAGGAGCUCCACAGUGAAUUCAAGACCACUAUUUGUGGACGCUGCAUCAGCGGAAUGUUUGUGUUCCUCACUUACAUCCUGGGCAUUGCAUGGCUGGGGGUGUUCGGCUUCUCUGCGGUUCCUGUGUUCCUCUUCUACAACAUGUGGUCAACUUGCGUUGCCAUGCGCUCACCGGUGGCCAACCUCACGUCCAUCGAGACAAUCUGUGUGGAUGUGCGUCAAUACGGGAUUAUUCCAUGGAAUGCAACACCAGGCAAAGCUUGUGGCUCAAAUCUAGGAGAGAUUUGCAACUCCAGUGAGUUCUAUCUGUCGUAUCAUCUGUAUAUUGUCGCCUGUGCUGGAGCCGGAGCUACAGUCAUCGCUCUGAUCCAUUACCUCAUGAUCCUCUCAGCAAACUGGGCGUAUCUGAAGGACGCCAGUCACCUGCACGCCUACCAGGACAUUAAAAUGAAGGAAGAGCGAGAACUGCAGGACAUCCAGUCACACUCCAAAGAAUGCCUCAAUUCGUACUAGUAAGGAUGUCCUUCAAAGGGGUCAGGAGGUCAAAGCAGGGGCCCAACGACACACUAACCAGCUCUAACACACUAUCUACUGCUUUCUUUGUCAACUAACAUGCUAUUUGUGGGGACUCUGUUUGUAUUUUAUGUUCUAUACGUUUUAUUACAAUUUUUGUUGUCCCGUUGUCUCCCUUUCGUAACCAGUGGUGGCUGGUAAAAGCUUUGCACUAUUCAAAAUAAAUCGGCAAAAAUACUGGUUUCGUUAUCAGUAUUUUUGUGUUUUCAGAUGAAAAUAUCUAAACAUAUUUAACCUUCUGAGAGCCAGCAUAGCAGAAUUGCAAUGUUGGUUUGCAGCAAUUAAACAGUACCUAUUUUUUUUAUUUUAUUAAAAUGCAUAAAUAAAAUUCCAAGUAACAGUAGAUGAAAAAAGAACAGUUUUUGGUGGGAAAAAAAUAUGUCAUAGCUGGAUAAAGUCACCUAAAACAAAUGUGCUGAGGAAAAAAAGACAAUAUAUUAUUAAUCUCUAUGCUUGGGUCUCUGAGGGUUUAACAGGAUACAUUUAAUUGAUAAGCAAAAGAUAAUAUAUCUUUAAUUGUUUUUUUUUUUUUUUUAGUUAAAUCUUGUGCUUAAAACAAGAGGGAAAAAAAACUCCAUUCAAAAUGUAUUAUAUGGAACCAUGUCUUAUCUUGCACAGUUUUGCUUCUCAAGUAAAUGUAUCUUGUUUUAGGGAUGUUUUGAUAUAUUUACUAAAGGUGAAAAUACUGAAGAAACAAAUAUUAUUAUUUUUGCAGUGAAUAGAGUGUUUAUUAAAGAAACUGCCCUCAAAUGAGUAUGAAAAAUGCAAAUCUGAUUCUCUUCAUACCAAAAUGUUAUUUUCCUUAAUUGAUCAUAAAUGGAAAAUAAUGCAGUUUAUUGCACACAUUUAUUUUUCAUGUUGAGUGCUAGCGAUCUCUGAAAACAAAACCCACUAUUUUUGCAUCCCCUUCAUUUGUCCCUUUUUGCCAAAUUAUUUCAAAGAAAAAUGAUUGCAAAUUAUUCUGCGGUUAUUAUAAUGUGAAUAUUGUAUGAUCUGAAUUUGAUUAGAUUGUACAGCUGGUUUCUAUUGUUGGAAAGCAUGCUUUUUGAGCUAUAGGAGUGUUCCUAUACAGAGACCCAAAAUGACCACUAUGUGUUUUCAUAAAGCCAAUAACUGAAUCCUAUUUAACUGCAAAACUGAUCGUUUUAUGCUUGAUCAACAAACGUACAAUUUACAUUGGGCUGCUGAAGUCUGAGGCCACACUGAAAAUCAGUUAUUUAUUUAUUUCCAUUUAAACCUGCAAAAAGUUUUGGGAUUUUGAAAAAAAAAAAAAAUGAAAAUGCUAUAAAAUAAAGAACAAAUAUUUCAGACUCUGGACUGUUUGUAGGCCCAAACAUCAAGAAAAUGUGAAAUGCGUGUUAUUCAAAAAAAAAAUAAAUAAUUAUAUUAAAUUUUUCACUCAACUGUUGUUCAUAUUUGUUGAAGUGUUUUGUAUUGAAUGAGAAAAGAAUGCAGAAUAAAAGCAUUUUCACUAGCGCUCUCGGACAUUGGCGGAAUCACUCACUACCGUACUAGUCCAUUUCUGUCAUAUCUUUGUACGGCAAAAAUAUUAAGAGUAGUAUGUGAUUCCGAACGUAUGGAAAUGUCACAAUGCAAAAUUAUAUAUAAUGUUUGUUUGUUUUUUUUUCAGUGUAAUAUGACAUUAUGCAGGAGAUGAGAAGCAUGUUUUGAACUCUACAGUAAUAUGUAAUGCAUACUGUUUUUUUUCUCUUCCACUUUUUCUUUGUAUUAUUCAUCUUUCCCAGCAGGUUCAAAUUGCACCAGUGUGAAUGUGAACAAACUAAAUGAUUUUUGUUUUGAUGAUGGAUCACAACAAAUGUAACACAAUGUGCAAUUGAACAUGCUGACAAAAAAAAAAAAAAAUGCUGUUUCAUAAUAGGUUGAAAAUAUUAUUAUUAUAAUGUUUUGUCACACUUUAUAUUAGGUGGCCUUAACUACUAUGUAAUAACAUUAAAUACAUACAAGACUAUGUAUUUGCUGUGUAACUACAUGUUCUGCAAAAUGCCCACAUUUGCUGCUACUGAGGUUGAGGUUUGGUAGGUUUAGGAGUACGGUUAGGGGUAAAGUUAACAGUGUAACUACAAAUAUAAUUACAAUGCAAUAACAUGUAUGUAUGUAAUAAGUACAUUGUAUCAAAUGGUUAAGUACAGAGUAGUUAAGGUCACCUAAUAUAAAGUGGGUCCUAAUGUUUGGCCACGUUCAUGAAGGAUAAAACUGUGGUAAUACAGCUGUGCUCAUUUGGACUGACCAAUAUUGUAGACAGCAUUUGCCCCCCCUUAAAUAUUUUGUAGUUCCUGUUUUUAUAUUUUGAUUAGAAUUUGUUUAGUUUGAGUUGUGUAUUCAUUGCUAUUGUAUUAAUUCACAUAUAUGAAUGAUAUUUGAUACCACCUUUGUAACAUAGUAUACUGCUAUUUUCCCUUCAUUUUAGGGGAUUUAUUUUAAGAUUAACAAAAAAAGAAAAAAAAAAGCUUUUUUUUUUCCUCAAGAUGAAAAGUGAUGAAAUUCAUAACUAUUUCUCCCUUUUCUCCCAAUUUGGAAUGCCCAAUUCCCAGUGUGCUUUUAAGUCCUCGUGGUGGCGUAGUGACUCGCCUCAAUCCGGGUGGCGGAGGACGAAUCUCAGUUGCCUCCACAUCUGAGACCGUCAAUCUGCGCAUCUUAUCACGUGACUUGAGCGUGUUAUCGCGGAGACCUAGCGCGUGUGGAGGCUUCACGCCAUUCUCCGCGGCAUCCACGCACAACUCACCACGCACCCCACCGAGAGCGACAACCACAUUAUAGCGACCACGAGGAGGUUACCCCAUGUGACUCUACCCUCCCUAGCAACCAGGCCAAUUUGGUUGCUUAGGAGACCUGGUUGGAGUCACUCAGCACGCCCUGGAUUCAAACUAGUGAACCCCAGGGGCGGUAGCCAGCGUCUUUACCACUGAACUACCCAGGCCCCUGAAAUUCACAACUUCUUUAUGAGACAAUGAAUUUCACAAAUGGACCAAAAUGUUUUUAUGCAUGUAUAAUCUGGUUACUGCAUGUUUUAGGCUUUAAAAGCUGAUGAUAUUCACCAGUAACCACUUUAUAAUUGGAACUGACCCAGUUAUUGAUGUUUAAACCCAAAAUGAUGAUCAGCUACACUGUACAUGUAUUCAGUUCUUCAAACAACUUAUUGCAUUUUGUAAAAAAAUAAAAUAGAAUACAAAAAUA